UUCUUGAUGUCAAUUUCCACCAUGUUCUCACAGUGCUUGUGGGAUGUAUUAAAGACUGCAAAUCAUCACCUCUGGAGUCUGAAUUUAAAUCUGUGUUUACGAAACCACAGAAGAGAUUUCAGCAAGUCACUGCCUGCCUAUCGAAGGAAAGUAGUUGUUACAGGUAUUGGCUUAGUGUCCCCUCUUGGUGUGGGGACGCAGUUUGUGUGGAAGCGCCUUCUCCAAGGAGACAGUGGGAUUGCAUCACUAGAUGAGGAAGAAUAUGCAGGCAUCCCGUGUAAAGUGGCUGCUUGCGUGCCAAGGGGAACCAGGGAGGAUCAGUUCAGUGAAGAAAGCUAUGUGUCAAAGUCAGAGAUCAAAUCCAUGAGUUCUGCCACUGUGAUGGCCAUCGGUGCAGCAGAGCUAGCCCUGAAGGACUCCGGAUGGUCUCCCCAGUCUGAAGUGGAUUGUUUGAAUGCCGGUGUGGCUGUUGGGAUGGGAAUGGUUCCACUGGAAGAGAUUUCUGAUACUGCUGCUUUAUUUAAAACAAAGGGUUAUAACAAAGUCAGCCCGUUCUUUGUCCCAAAGAUCUUAGUCAAUAUGGCAGCAGGCCAUAUCAGCAUUAAAUACCAACUGAAAGGGCCGAAUCAUGCUGUGUCAACUGCUUGCACCACAGGUGCACAUGCUGUUGGAGACUCCUUUAGAUUCAUUGCCACUGGAGAUGCUGAUGUCAUGCUGGCAGGAGGAACUGAGGCUUGCAUUAGUCCUUUGUCCUUGGCUGGAUUUGCAAGAGCUCGGGCCCUCAGCACAAGUUUUAACUCGACCCCCAAAAUGGCGUGUCGCCCAUUUGACUCCCAGAGAGAAGGGUUUGUAAUGGGAGAGGGGGCUGCUGUGCUGCUCUUGGAAGAGUAUGAACAUGCUGUACAGAGAGGGGCUAGGAUCUAUGCAGAAGUCUUGGGUUAUGGACUGUCUGGUGAUGCUUGCCAUAUAACAGCACCUAAUCCAGAAGGAGAUGGUGCAUUCAGGUGUAUGUCUGCAGCAAUAAAAGAUUCCGGGAUCAAACCUGAAGACAUAACAUAUGUCAAUGCCCAUGCAACUUCUACACCUCUAGGAGAUGCUGCUGAGAAUCAAGCAAUCAAGAGACUUUUUAAAGAUCACUCAUACAACAUUGCGGUUUCCUCAACGAAAGGAGCAACAGGACAUCUCUUGGGGGCUGCAGGAGCUAUUGAAGCAGCUUUCACUGCACUGUCUUGUUACCACGGAAUUUUGCCACCUACUCUAAAUUUAGAGAAAACAGAGGCAGAGUUCGAUCUCAAUUAUGUUCCGCUAACAGCUCAGGAGUGGAAAACUGGAAGCCGGCGUAUAGCACUCACAAACUCGUUUGGCUUUGGAGGAACUAAUGCAACAUUGUGCUUUGCAAGUGUUUAACUAAUGCUGUGCCUGUCGUGCAAAACGGCUCUGAUGAGGAUUUUGUUUGCUGCCACCCUUGAUGGGUGGCUCUCUGCAGCGAGAAUUGAUUGUUUGAUAUGUAAGAGCUUUAUUCACCCUGACUUCUGCAUCAGUAAUUAUUUUAG